CUUCUUAAUUGCCUGAAGAAUUUAGGUAUAUCUCGUCAAUGUGUGUUUCGGUUUGAGCUGUAUGUCCUUCAGUUCAGUUUCGCGUUUCUGUUUUUUUCGCACUUGGAUAAUUUCCAGAUUAAUCGGAUCGGAAAUAGCACUUCUUAGCUAGCUGCACUUAGCCGGGGAUACACAGAUAGAGCCAGUCAGUGUAUCUUUUAAAAUGGGAACGUACGAAGGGGAAUGCAGAGUGUUGUCAAUUCAGAGUCAUGUUGUUAGGGGAUACGUUGGGAAUAAAUCGGCAUCAUUUCCAUUACAGGUGCUUGGGUUCGAGGUGGACUCCAUCAACUCGGUGCAGUUCUCCAAUCACACAGGUUACGCCCACUGGAAGGGUCAGGUGCUGACUGCAGAUGAACUGCACGUUCUGUAUGAGGGGAUCAAGCUCAACAACGUCAACCACUAUGACUACGUGCUCACAGGGUAUACCCGGGACACGUCCUUCCUGGAGAUGGUGGUGGACAUUGUGAAGGAGUUAAAACGAGCCAAUCCCAAACUGGUAUAUGUUUGUGACCCGGUGCUUGGCGAUCACGGCUCCAUGUAUGUUCCGGAAAAUCUAUACCCUGUCUACAAGAACAAGGUGGUCCCCGUGGCUGACAUCAUCACACCUAACCAGUUUGAGGCAGAGCUCUUGACGGGAAAGAAUAUCAGCACGGAGAAAGAUGCAGUCGAGGUGAUGGAUCUCCUUCACAAGAUGGGCCCUGACACUGUGGUCAUCACCAGCUCGGACCUUCCAUCCCACCGGGGCGACCGCUUCUUGGUAGCCCUGGGGAGCCAGCGGACAGUGAAAGCGGACGGCAGUUGGACGACCCAGCGCAUCCGCAUGGAGAUCCCCAAGGUGGACGCCGUGUUCGUGGGCACGGGCGACCUGUUUGCCGCCAUGCUGCUGGCCUGGACUCACCACCACCCCAACGACCUCAAGACUGCCUGUGAGAAGACUGUGUCCGUUAUGCAUCAUGUAAUCCAGAGGACCAUUUCUUACGCAUAUGAGAUAGCGGGGCCCGGGAAGCGACCCACCCCAGCCCAGCUGGAGCUGCGGAUGGUGCAGAGCAAAGCGGACAUCGAGAACCCGGCCAUCGUGGUGUUCGCCACCGUGCUAUAGAGUGGCGUCCCAAGCCAGUCGCACAAUGUAUAGAUUAUAGAUGUUGUACAUUUUGACCAGUAAUGUGACAUUGCCUUAGGAUCUCUUACAGAGCACAGCAUUUCCAUGAGCUGAAAUCAGCAGGGUGACCGACCCGGCGGGGCCCCCUCGCUUACUCUCCCUGUCCCUUUAAGCUCCCUGUUUGUCCUGCAUACGCAGCGCCCAUGCCUCAGUGGCUGGAGCCGAUGUUGCUGGCCACCCCCCCCCCCCCCCCCCUCGCACCUUUGGGCUGUGGCAAUGGCUGACUUUGUGACACGCCCAUCUCAAGUCUGGAACUUAAAAAAAGAGCUAAAAUGCGAGGACCUUAAAAAAAGACCCCAAAAACCAUCAAGUCUGGGCAGGAGCAUAGGCUGAGGCUCCACGCGCUUCUCAGAUUCUCUGUGCUAGUGGACAGGUCCGCUUAAUAGGGUCUUUAAUCGAGUUCCUUCCCUGAUCAGAACCACCUGGCAAACAGGGGGUGCUGCGGUCCGGCCCGAAUGGCCUCCAUCUGCUCGUAUGAGACCCCACCCACCAUGCUGCUCUUCCUGUGGCCAUUUCACAGUGUUCCUCUCUUAUUUCCCGUUUAAUUGUCCGUUUAAUCCGUGAAUAUUUCAGAGUAGGAUUUAUUUUUAAAAAAAUUUUAAUGUAAUUAGUGUCCAGUCUUAAAUAUUUAAUUGACACUUUUUCCACAUGCAUGAUUUAACAAAAAACAAUCUUUUAACUGAUGGAUCUGCAAUGAUAAUCAUUUACUGGAAGGUGUACAUAAAUCCACUCAUUAAUCAUUACUGAUCAUGCCUUCUGUUUUAUUUUCUUACUUCAUAUCAUAGAAAAUGUGAGGCUUGAGGCAGAUUUCUUAAAGUCUCUCUGCAUCUGUAAGCGCAGUAAUGUUGGCAAACGGUCGAUGUGUCUGUGCCAAAUGAUCACGACGAAUAGCACUGUUAUUCAGAUGUCAUGAAGUGCCGGUCGGCCACUUGCUGCUAUGUGCCAGAAACAUGUAAACUAACAAUAAAAAUAUGAACCUUUUUAUUAAGUCGA